GCUUAUGCUAACAAAGUAUGAGGACAUCUGCUAUUGACAUUGAGAAAAAGAUGAAUCCAUUGUUGGAAUCUGAAAGAAAGAAGAAUUCGUUUGAUGUAGAGGAGAUGACAAAUGUUCUGGAUGGAGGGAAAAUUGCCACUGAGAGAAGGAGGUUCAUAGAAAAGUUAGCCUUCACUGACGUUGAGCUCUGGGGGCCAGACGUUCGUCACAUGACCAGGGAGGAGUUAUUUUUAGAAAUGACGAGGAGGCACGUAGAAGCCAUAAAGAAAUGUAAGAAGUACAAUCUAACUGAUGCUGUGGAUGUUACUAAUUUUCAAAGGUCAGUACUAAACACCUAUGUGACUGGUUUGUCACUGCACCAAUUGGUUUUCGUUCCAAUGUUGAAGUUGCAAUCAAGCGAGGAACAGCUUCGUGAUUGGUUACCACUCGUUGACAGCUUCAAGAUGAUUGGUUGCUACGCUCAGACGGAACUUGGUCAUGGCACAUACAUACGAGGCAUAGAGACGAGUGCCACGUACGACCCGCAAACAGAGGAAUUCAUACUCAACUCUCCGUCAAUAUCUUCCAUUAAGUGGUGGAUCGGUGGAUUGGGCAAAACGGCCAAUUAUGCCUUAAUCCUGGCACAGUUGUACACGGACGAUGUGAACCGCGGUGUGCACGCAUUCCUCGUACAGAUCAGAGAUCACAAUCAUAUGCCUAUGCAAGGAAUUACACUAGGUGAUAUAGGACCAAAGUUAGGCUUGAACAGUGUCGAUAAUGGCUUCCUGAAGUUGAGUCACGUUCGCAUUCCAAGAAACAACAUGCUCAUGAGGUAUUCCAAGGUUCUGAAGGAUGGAACCUUCGUGGCUCCCUCAAACACACGUCUGCUGUACGGAGGAAUGUUGCAGGCUCGCAUCGAUCUAUCCGAUGACGCCAUCUACGUCAUCUGCCUCUCAAUCACAGUGGUCAUCAGGUACAGCUGCGUGAGACUGCAGUGCUCCAUGCAGAAUGACCAAGCCGAAUGUCAGAUAGUAAGUUAUCAGACCCAGCAGAACAAACUGUUUCCAAUCUUAUCAUCUGCUUAUGCGUACCGCCUCGCCUUUCCCGCCAUAAACCAGUGGCUCACUUCUGCUACCAAUAUGGUGGAUCAGGGUGAUGUUUCUGAUCUUGGAGAGGCACACGCUCUGUCGUCUGCCAUGAAGGUUCUUCUAACUACCAAAUCGGCUAACUUUGUGGAGACGUGCAGACUGUCGUGUGGUGGGCACGGCUACCUGGACGGCUCGAGUCUUCCUGUCUUCUACAGAAACAUCGUCGCCACUGUAACUGCUGAGGGGGAGGUGUCGGUUCUCUUGCUGCAGACUGCCAGGUUUCUUGUUAAAACCUUCGUGAAACUCCAACAAAGUUCAAACAUGCAACUGUCACCAUUCACGUCUUACUUACUAAAUCAGUCACGUGCUCGGAACGAGCCGAAAAAGUUAUCAUCGUUUAAUUUAGAGUCUUUGGUGGAUGCUUAUCAGUAUAGAUCAUACAGAUUAUUGUCAGCUGUUUGUGAACGUAUGAACACGUUGAACGCGAAAGAACGCGCAAACAAGUUCUAUGUUUGGAACGCCUGUUCAGUCGAUCUUGUUCACUCAUCUCUUGCCCACAUAGAGUGUGUCAUAGCUACAGUGUUAGUUCAACAACUAAGCGGCAACAGCAACAACAAUGUAAUGACGUCAUCCUCACCAUCACCAUCAUGUUUGUCAUGUUCAUCCGAUGUUCGUCGCGUUCUAACCAAUCUCUGUCGUUUGUACCUGUUGAACGGUUUGUUCGAAUCAUCAGCUGAUCUUUUGCAGUUCAGCUACCUGGACCCCGAUCAGGUGACGAGCAUGAAGUUGGAGAUGUACAAUUUGUACGACGUCAUUCGUCCCGAUGUCGUAUCGCUCGUUGAUGCCAUGGAUUUUGAUGAUAGGCAUUUGAAGAGCGUUCUCGGUACUUACUGCGGUCACGUUUACGAGGAACUUUAUCAAUGGGCUCAGAAAUCUAAACUCAACGAAACUCAAGUACAUCCAUCGUUUCACAAGUACGUGAAACCAACUAGAGAGCUGUUUGUUUCCAAAAUGUGAUGAUGACGACGACGAUGAUGAUAUUAAUAAUAACAAAAAUAAUAAUAAUAAUAUUGGUGAUGACGAUUGCGUAUAACGAUGAUGUAGAUUUGUUAAUGAUGGUGAUGAUAAUGUUCCCAAAAAAAGUUGUUUUUUGAUGAUGAUGAAAAGGAUGAUUGUGAUUAGAAAAAGAAUUAUAGUAAAGAUAGUGUUUAAAUAAUGGCUUACUGUGUAUUGAAUUAUUAUAUUGAAUUUUCUGUUAAGUAAUCAAAUAAUUAUCCAUUCAUUCAUUCAUUCAUUCAUUCAAUUAUUUAUUUGUUUGUAUAUUUAUUUAUUUAUUUAUUUUCCGGCUUAUGAUUUUUCAAUAAAAAUAUUUGGCAGACUUCACAGACCAAGAUUUUAUUUGUGAAUUUAUAAAUAAUGUGCUAGUAGUUAGUAAAAUAAGUAAUUGAAAAAAUAAAAUAAGUUGUAUUAGAAUU